GCGCUGGGGGCCAAUCAGCGGCGGGGGCGGGGCGCCGGGCCGCGGUCCCUCCAGACCGCCAGCCAGUCGGUCGGCCUCCGUCCGCGCGCCGGCCAUGAGCUCCACGCAGUUCAACAAGGGGCCCUCGUAUGGGCUGUCGGCCGAAGUCAAGAACCGGCUCCUGUCCAAAUAUGACCCUCAGAAGGAGGAAGAACUCCGCGGCUGGAUCGAGGGACUCACGGGCCUCUCUAUCGGCCCCGACUUCCAGAAGGGUUUGAAGGAUGGAAUUAUCUUAUGCACACUCAUGAAUAAGCUGAAGCCGGGCUCAGUCCCCAAGAUCAACCGUUCCAUGCAGAAUUGGCACCAGCUAGAAAACCUCUCUAACUUCAUCAAGGCCAUGGUCAGCUACGGCAUGAACCCUGUGGACCUGUUUGAGGCCAACGACCUGUUUGAGAGUGGGAACAUGACCCAGGUGCAGGUGUCUCUUCUCGCCCUGGCGGGGAAGGCCAAGACAAAGGGGCUACAGAGCAGCAUGGACAUUGGAGUCAAGUACUCGGAGAGGCAGGAGCGGAAUUUCGAUGACGCCACCAUGAAGGCGGGCCAGUGUGUCAUUGGGCUCCAGAUGGGCACCAACAAGUGUGCCAGCCAGUCGGGCAUGACGGCUUACGGCACCAGAAGGCACCUGUACGACCCCAAGAACCACAUCCUGCCACCCAUGGACCACUCCACCAUCAGCCUCCAGAUGGGCACCAACAAGUGUGCCAGCCAGGUGGGCAUGACGGCUCCUGGGACCCGGAGGCACAUCUAUGACACCAAGCUGGGGACCGACAAGUGUGACAACUCCUCCAUGUCCCUGCAGAUGGGCUACACGCAGGGUGCUAACCAGAGCGGCCAGGUCUUUGGCUUGGGCCGGCAGAUAUAUGACCCCAAGUACUGCCCACAAGGCCCAGUGGCCGAUGGGGCCCCGGAGGCUGCCGGGGACUGCUCAGACCCAGGGGAGGCCCCGGAAUACGCCCCCUACUACCAGGAAGAGGCGGGCUACUGAUGUCUUCUCCACAUCAUUGUCCUGUCUGGGUUUUCGGGUUUUUCUGUUUUCCUCUUGUUUUUUUUACAUGUCUGAGUGCCGCCCCCUGAGGGUCUGCGGGGAAGGGGUGAAGGCCAUAUCCAGAUGCAUUUGGCAUGGGGGGGUCUGCCCGCGUGCGUCCAGGCAGCAGAUUUCCUGACAGGCUUUGGGCCGAGCUGUGGCAGGGAGAAGGAACCCGGGCAGGCAGGGAACUGGGCCCCGAAUGGUUUCCGGCUGCUUCUCUUCCCUUUUCUCUGCUGAUCAUUGUGUGGUUUCUGUACCCAGAGCAGUUUCAGGCAGUUUUAACGAAAGAAAAAUAAUGUUUUUCUUUCAGGGGAAAGGUUGGGGGAUGGUGGAAGAGGAUGCUGGGAAGGAAAUAGGUCUCCUGAGAGGGGGUCACGCCACAGCCCUGAAGUCAGGCCUUGUGGAGGGCCUGGAUUUCCCUAGCACCCUCAGAUAGCCAAUCGUGCCCCCCAACCCCCAGGGGCCAAUUAGGAAACUGAGGCCCAAACAGGAAAGUGAGAUUCUAAGUGGGUGAGGCAAAGCCAAUCCCCUGCCCUGUACUUUUACCCCCACUCCCCAUCCACACAGGGACCCUCCCCUGGAGGCCCUCCUGGGGACCAGCCUCCACCCAGGAGUCCCAGGACCAAGAGAUAAUGUGAAAUACUGUUUGUGGACCAAAGACAAUAAAAACCUCUUUUUAGGAAAUAAAA